AUGAUCCGCAAGAUCCAAGAAACAAUUGAACCUGUAGCAGUGUGUUUUGGUCAGCGUGCUGACGCAUGCAUCGAACGGGAAGAUAUGAUGUUGUUUAUCAUGGAUUGGAUUCUGGAAGCAGCUCGGUCCUUGUGCGAGGAUAUCAGCAUCGAUUUGCUCCCAGGUGACAAACUGUCUGAUCUGGAGUAUGCAGAUGACAUUGUGCUACUAAGUGAAGAUCCAGGAUAUUACAAAUCUGUCCUUCUUAAACGCAGAACACGUCUGGUCUUCUUCUUGUUAACAAUGGGCAAUUCGGAUUUCCUGAACCGAUUCUCUCCGUUGUCACAUAUGCGCAACCUGAUCAGCAACGGUCCUGUUCUAUCUGGGUCCGUUCUUACUGCACCGGAACAGACUAAUGCCGGUUGCGCUGCCACCGCCCAACCAGGAUCGAAUGCCAACCCAUUGUUUGAUUCAUCUGAUCUAGCCUCAGCCGAUGUGAGUCGUUCCAUGCUGUUCUCCAGUUUGCGGUAA